AUGACUCUGUGUCGAAUGGUCAACGAUUCCCUGCACUGGUAUAUGCAAGAACUCUCUUCUCGUAUAGUGGCUGAUUCACAAAUACCUACAGACAGACACCAUAUUGGCAAAUUGAUCUUUCAGAGUAUGAAGGACGAUCUAGACUUUUUGGUCCAGAUCGAUGGAGCCACGGACGAGGUCGAGACAGCCGCAUCAUUAUUAAGAAGGACCGUGCGCUGUGCGACCAGUUUCAGGAACAUGGGGCUGGAGCCUGGUGACGUUAUAACACUAAUGGCACCAAACCAUAUAGAUUUGGCAGUUCCUUUGUACGCGGCUUUGUACCUUGGGGUCAUUAUUGCCGCUGUGGACAGAACUCUAACUAUACAGGAGUUACAACAUACUUUUGACAUGUCUCAGUCGAAGAUAAUAUUCUGUCAAAGUGAAAAGGCCCCAGAUGUCCAACUAGCGUUAAACAACCUGAACGCGGAUUCGCACAUCGUCACGUUUGACAAAGGAGACUAUUUGGUCAAUUUCGAAGAGUUCUUGGACAAGUACGGAGAUGACACUACGGUAGAAGAAUUCAAGCCAACAGAUUUCGACCCAGAAGAAACGAUUGCGUUUCUUAUAGCUACAAGUGGAACAACUGGCCUUCCCAAGGCCGCCGCCGUCACACACACAAAUCUUGCCAUCUCUACUCCUAACAUUAUGCUCCGACACAACCAUUUCCCAGGACCUACUCGUCUUGCUCUGAUUGGUUCACCGCUGCAGUGGUUGACAGCGAUAAUAAACUUUGUCCUUUCACCAAUUUUGCGAUACACGAGACUUCAAACUUCGGAAACUCUGACACAAGAACAUUGUUACUUUCUUAUCAAUAAGUACAGGCCAACCUUCACAAUAUUGAGCCCCACUAUGAUGACAAACCUUAUGAGGCCUGGAGACCGGGAUAAGUGUGAUUUUACUUGUUUUGAGACAGUUUUUCUAGGUGGCAGCGCUGUACCGCAAAACCUUAUUGAUGAAUUCAAGAUGCUGUCACCCAAUGCCGAUGUACUCAAUACAUUUGGCAUGAGUGAAUUGUGUGGUGUGGCUUUCCAUGGUGAUAACCAGGCUCUAGGUGCUUGUGGAAAACCAUUAAGCUGUUUUCAGUACAGAAUAGUCAACGUUGAAACAAUGGAGGAUAUUUAUGAACCUAAUGAGCCAGGUGAAUUGUGGAUGAAAGGACCUGGUAUCUUUAAGGGGUACUACAGAAAUGACGCUGCUACAGAAGAGACGUUUGCUGAGGGACGAUGGUUUAAAACUGGUGACACUUUCUACAGAGAUGAGAACUGGAACUUCUUUUUCGUGGACAGAUUGAAGUUGCUACUGAAGUAUAAAAAUAAUCAGAUAUCACCAGUGGAGGUAGAAAAAAUUAUACACCAACAUCCUGGCGUACUGGACGUAGCUGUGACAGGCAUACCAGACCCUGAGUUUGGAGACCUUCCCGUCGCCUGUGUUGUACCAAAUCCUGGAUUCGAACUAACAGCUACAGAAGUCAAGGACUGGGUGAAAGAACACCUUUCAGACGCAAAGCAAUUGAGAGGGGGUGUGAUAUUUGUUGAUGCAAUACCAAUGACUGCAUCUACAAAAGUACACAGGAGAAAACUAAAAGAAAUGGCUCUGGAACUGCCACGGGAGUGA